AGGGCUUUGAAUUUAAAAAUGAUAAAACCAGGACAUAGUAUAUACCUGAGCUGAGUGUGUCAAUCCCUUAUCUUGAGUUUUCAUCAUCCUGUAACAACAAUUCUUUGUCAAAAAACGACAACAAAAAGAGAAAACAUCCAUUUAUGAUCCAUGACGAUAGCAAACAAAAAAGACUCAUCUCCAGCUUACACAGAAGCUGUUGAUGAAAUCAUGAGGAUUUACAGAUCACUUCCACCAAGGCCCUCCAUUGAAGAGCUUGAAGCAGCCAUUUCCCUUGUCAAAACUGUUGAUUCCGAAGAAAAACUGAAACUUGAUGAGCUUUCUAGCCAGUUGCCACCUCAGGAUGUGCCAUCAGAGAUUUUUUCUGUGUUGCAACAAGUUAAGAAGACCAUGGUUUUGUUUCAGAGUCAUGAGCAGAGCAAAGAGGCUCUGGAGUUGUUGGAAGUUGACAAGUUUUUUCAAAAGUUUGAUCAACUUAUUCAGACAGCUUCCGGGUUGAUAUCUGGAGGUACUCAGAUCGAGUCCGGUGAUGAUUUGGGAUACCAUGUUGAAAAAAUUGAUCAAGUGGUGAGUGAUGAGAGUGUGAUCAUGAUCAAGGAAGGUGAUGAAUCAAAGAGUUCAGCUUUGCCUUUGGUCAAGAAGAGUUCUGUCACCAAAGUCAUUGAUUUGUCUUCAGGUGGCAAAGACGCUGAAAAAAUGAGCCUGAUGAAAGUGGCUGCUCUUUUUGAAAGCAAGCAAAAAUCAGAAGAAAGGGACCAAUUGGUUCUUGAUCUGGGAGGUAAACUGAUGGACAAUAUAGAGUGGCUUCCGGUAUCUCUAGGGAAGUUGUCACAUAUUGUUGAGCUUAAUUUAUCAAACAACAAACUAAUGGUUCUUCCAACCACCAUCGGUGGCCUCACUGCCCUAAGGAAACUUGAUGUCCAUGCGAACCAACUUAUGAACCUUCCUGAUACAUUUGGUGAAUUAAGCAAUUUAUCUGAUCUGGAUCUCCAUGCCAAUAAAUUAAAAACACUGCCAGUUUCAUUUGGUAAUCUGAAAAACCUUGUCAAUUUUGAUUUGAGUUCAAACCAUUUUAGUACCCUGCCAGAUAUAAUCGGUGAUCUAACCUCUUUAGAAGUGUUGAAUGUGGAGACAAAUGAGCUUGCUGAACUUCCCUACACAAUUGGAUCAUGCACGUCCCUUGUAGAGCUAAGACUCGACUUCAAUCAGCUCAGAGGUCUUCCAGAGGCCAUCGGAAAGCUAGAAAUGUUGGAAAUUUUCACAUUUCAUUACAACAGAGUUGGAAAGUUGCCAACAACAAUGGGAAAUCUUACCAAACUGAGGGAACUAGAUGCAAGCUUUAAUGAACUCGAAGGCAUCCCUGAAAGCUUCUGUUUUGCAGUCAAUCUUGAGAAGUUAAAUGUCGGGAAAAACUUUUCAGACCUAAGAGCCUUGCCUAGAUCAAUUGGAAACCUUGAAAAGCUUGAAGUGUUGGACAUCAGUGAUGAUCAGAUUAGAAUCUUGCCUGAUUCAUUUCGCUUCCUAUCAAAAUUGAGAGUGUUUCAUGCUUAUGAGACUCCACUUGAAGUUCCUCCAAAGCAAAUUGUCACACUGGGAGCUCAGGCUGUUGUUCAGUACAUGGAUGAGUUUGUUGCUAAGAGGGAUGUGAGAGUUCAACAGCCAGAGAAGAGGAAAGGUUGCUGGUCCAGGCUAUGUUGCUUCUCUUUCUCGGGUUCGGAGGAAAAGCAUUAAGGAAGGAUUAUCUGCAUUCGAAUUUGGCAUACAGUUUCUGAGAAUUUAUUUUAUAAGAAACCUGCAUUAUUGUUUAAUUCUUUGUAUUGAGGUCCAGACAUUGCUCUGUUUCUACCUUUUCUAUCUGUUCAUUAAACAAUUACAAAACUAUGGUGCUUCACUAAAAACUUUGAUUCUAUU